UGAAACCCUCCAUUUAUACCUCAGGUGGAUUUAACCGUGUUCGUUCUCUGCAAAACCCUAGACUUUGUCGGAGGGAAAAGAUGGUGCAACGCCUCACCUAUCGCAAGCGGCACAGCUAUGCCACCAAAUCCAACCAGCACAGGGUCGUCAAAACCCCCGGUGGGAAGCUCGUUUACCAGACCACCAAGAAGAGGGCCAGUGGACCCAAGUGCCCUGUCACUGGAAAGAGGAUUCAGGGGAUCCCGCAUCUGAGGCCUACAGAAUACAAGAGAUCAAGGUUACCCAGAAAUAGGAGGACUGUGAACCGUGCAUAUGGUGGUGUUUUAUCUGGAGGAGCUGUUAGAGAAAGAAUCAUUCGAGCUUUCUUGGUUGAAGAGCAAAAGAUUGUGAAAAAGGUGUUGAAAAUCCAAAAAGCCAAGGAAAAGCAAGCUUCAAAAGCCUGAGUUUCAUGAAAAAAGAUUACAAUCUUUAUGGAGAAAUUUUAGGUUGAGUCAGCAUGAAAUUUAUUAGCUGCUCCAUGUUAAUUUUAUGCUUAUUUGGCUUCUUUGACCUCAUUCUAGUGCAAUUGUUAACUUUGCUGACAACUCCAUUAUGAUACCGUUUUGUUCAGAGUUCUCUUAAUGGAUUACUGAUUUUCUCUAUUUUUUCUGUUAGUAUAUAUUUGAACUUCGUUGGUAAUGUUAUUGAAGUUGUGAUA